AUGAGCGUGCAUCAUCCGUGUGUGCUGAUGGGGAAUGCGGGUGGUGAGGUCUCGGCGACGAAUUAUCUGAGGAGUGUGUUGGCGACGAAGUCGAGAAAUAGGCCGGGCAAAGGGGCUUGGAAUUUGAAGGUCGUAAGAGCAGACUGGAGAGAAAAUAAGGGCAUGAGUUCAGGGAGCACCGAGAAAACUGAGGAACGAGCGGAUGGUGAUGUUGCGAUGACCGAAAAUGGGCAGAUUGAGGUGCCUUCUACUGCUGCUGGCGCAAAUGACGUACCGAACCCGAAAUCCGAACACGAACCCAGCACAACUGACCUCUACCACAGCCAGCCAACACGCAAAGGCAUAACGCGCCUCGUCUUCGGCUGGCGCGCUACGCCCGUCGAAAUCGGAAGACACGAGCAGAAGGACAAGGAACGGGACGCGGCGAUCGCGACAAACCGUGGACGGCCUAAGAAGGAAUCGCCGCGUCCAGCGGAUGGAGAACGGGAGCGUGAAGCAGAACAACGAAAAGGCGCCAAUGCCGAGGUUAACACGUCUGUUUCAGAUCUUACCGCUGACCCGGCCGUCAGUAACGCCCUGGUGCAGAAUGCAAAUCAGUCACAAGGACCACAGCCGCCAUCAAUAGCGCUCACCAACACAUCUCCAUCGCAGCUAGAUCCCAAGCCCGCACAAAUCAAAGCAACGACGGAGGCGAUCUUCGAGGAAGAGCAAGCAGUCACGGCGCUGGCAUGGAGUCAGGACCGACGUACAGCUGGGUGGGCGGCGGUUGGAUGGGGAAGUGGGUUGGUCAUGGUGACAGAUGAGAAGGGGAAGGCGGAGUGGGAGGUGGCGUAUGAGGCGGACUUGGAGGUGGAUCUGGAGUCGGAUCGGCUGGAAGAUCCCCCGUCGAGUACGAGCGAGCCCUCUAUGCCGCCACAGGACGAGGUCCACCGCGGCCACCUCUUCCGCCGCGUCCGCUAUUCUCACCUCCACGUCCACCACGUCCGCGGUAUCCGUCGCCACGUCCGCCUCGACCUCGGAAGUCACCACGGUGGCCCCCUCGAGCACGUCCGCCACCACCACGGCCGCCUCGGCCCUUAA